AUGGCGGCGGCGGGGCGGGAGGAGCCGCCGCUGGGGCUCGAGGCGGUCGCGGAGGAGGCGGCGGCGGCGGCGGCCAGUGCCGGGUUCCGGCUCACGGCGGUGCGGCGAGAGCCGGCGGUGCGGCUGCAGCACGGCGCCAGCGGGCUGGAGCCGCUGGCCUGGUCCGAGGACCACCGGGUGUCGGUGAGCACGGCCCGCAGCAUCGCCGUGCUGGAGCAGCUCAGCGACGUGCACAGCGGCGGGCAGGACAUGGUCAUCCACCGCACCGCCGUGCCCGCGCCCGGCGCCGCCUGCAUGCUCAAGGUUGGCCCAAAGAAGGAGGUGGCUGAGUGUAAGGAGAAAUUCGCCAGCUCAGUGGAUCCCACCGUCAGCCAGACAUUCAUGCUGGACCGAGUGUUCAAUCCCGAGGGGAAGUCCCUGACACCCAUGCGGGGCUUCAAAUAUUCCAGCUGGUCCCCUCUGGGCUGUGAUGCCAACGGGAGGUGCCUGCUGGCAGCCCUGACCAUGGACAACCGCCUGACCAUCCACGCCAACCUCAACCGGCUGCAGUGGGUGCAGCUGGUGGACCUGACCGAGCUCUACGGCGAGCGCCUGUUGGAGAACAGUUACAGACUGUGUAAGGCUGACACUCCCUGCGGGGAGCUGGGAGACUUCCCCGAGUUCCAGCGGCGGCACAGCAUGCAGGCCCCGGUGCGCAUGGAGUGGUCGGGCAUCUGCACCACCCAGCAGGUCAAACACAACAACGAGUGCCGGGAUGUGGGCAGCGUGCUGCUGGCCGUGCUCUUCGAGAACGGGAACAUCGCCGUGUGGCAGUUCCAGCUGCCCUUUCUGGGGAAGGAAUCCAUCACUUCCUGCAAUACCAUCGAGUCGGGAAUAAGCUCCCCCAGUGUGUUGUCCUGGUGGGAGUACGAGCACAACAACCGCAAGAUGAGCGGGCUGAUCGUGGGGAGCGCGUACGGCCCGGUGAAGAUCAUCCCUGUCAACCUCAAGGCGGUCAAAGGCUACUUCACGCUGAGACAGCCCGUGGUCUUGUGGCAGGAGAUGGACCAGCUGCCCGUGCACAGCAUCAAAUGCAUCCCUCUCUACCACCCCUACCAGAAAUGCAGCUGCAGCCUGGUGGUGGCUGCGAGAGGCCCUUACGUGUUCUGGUGCCUCCUGCUGAUAUCCAAAGCGGGGCUGAACGUCCACAAUUCCCACGUGACGGGGCUCCACUCCUUGCCCAUCGUCUCCAUGACUGCGGACAAGCAGAACGGCACGGUGUACACCUGCUCCAGCGAUGGCAAGGUCAGGCAGCUCAUCCCCAUAUUCACAGACGUUGCUUUAAAGUUUGAACACCAGCUGAUCAAGCUCUCGGAGGUGUUUGGCUGCGUCAGGACUCACGGAAUCGCCGUCAGCCCCUGCGGGGCAUACCUGGCAGUCAUCACCACCGAGGGCAUGGCCAACGGGCUGCACCCAGUCAACAAAAACUACCAAGUUCAGUUUGUCACCCUCAAGACUUUUGAGGAGGCAGCUGCACAGCUCUUGGAAUCUUCUGUUCAGAACCUUUUCCGGCAAGUGGACUUGACGGAUCUUGUACGCUGGAAAAUCUUGAAGGAUAAGCACGUUCCUCAGUUCUUACAGGAAGCACUGGAUAAAAAGAUAGAAAGCUGUGGUUCCACUUACUUCUGGAGGUUUAAGUUGUUUCUCUUGAGGAUUUUGUACCAGUCGAUGCAGAAAACCCCCUCAGAGGUCACAUGGAGACCUUCACACGAGGAUGCCAAAAUCUUGAUAUCAGAUUCCCCUGGGAUGGGCAGCACUGAAGAUGAUCAAGAGGAAGGAACUUCGAAACAAGCCAGCAAGCAAAGCCUGGGGGACACAGGCAAAGGUGUGGACAUUGAUGACGCUGCAGAGGAUUCUCUCCAUCAGUCAAGUGACACUGGAGGCCGUGAACCAAUGGUAGAAAAACUUCUUGAAAUACAGGCACAGAUUGAGGCGGUAGAAAUGCAUUUGACACGAGAACACAUGAAAAGGGUGCUGGGAGAAGUUUACCUGCACACGUGGAUUACAGAGAACACCAGCAUUCCCACCAGAGGAGUCUGUGACUUCUUAAUGUCUGAUGAUGGCUACGAUGACAGAACAGCACGAGUGCUGAUUGGGCACAUCCUGAAGAAGAUGAACAAACAGACCUUCCCUGAGCACUGCAGUUUGUGCAAAGAGAUCCUGCCCUUCACAGACCGCAAACAGGCUGUCUGCUCCAACGGCCACAUCUGGCUCAGGUGCUUUCUGACCUACCAGUCCUGCCAGAGUUUGGUGUACAGGAGGUGUUUGCUUCAUGACAGCAUUGCACGGCACCCAACCCCAGAAGAUCCUGAAUGGAUCAAGAGGUUAUUGCAGGGACCUUGCACCUUCUGUGAUUCUCCUGUGUUCUAGAGAA